UCUACUUUAAUAUCCAGGAUGCUACACUCGUGGAUUACAGUAACACAAAGCCUUAAGGAUGUGGGUUUUCUAGCUGUGGAUGUGUUCACCACUGGCAAAAGGGAUGGCUUCAGAAGAACCAUCAUUCUGCUCCUCACCUGUAGCAUCUCCAGCCUCCUGCUCAGCUCCCUGCUCCUCCUGUAUCUCCUCUUCACUCUGGACUAUGAGCUAGCAGUGGCUGGAGGGAUUGCUGCCUGCUUCGGGACACUGCUGUCUGUUGCCCUCUUCCUGUCAAAGAGAGUAAGGUGUUUAGUGACUCUUUUUGUUAUAUCUAUUUUCAUGAAAAAGAGUAGGAACCUGCUGUUAACUGCUGGCACCAGUUUAGUGGUUCUCAAAAACAUCCGUAACACUCUGGAGAACCUCUCGCUACUGAUCAGGAGUAUGAUUUGCAACCUGAAGGCCAAAAAAGCCUCCAUCACUGCUCCAUUCACGAACUAUGUUCAGAUGUUGAAGUGGAUAGGAGACAUGCUCAAAGGGGUUACAAACCUGGGAGUAGUGAAAUUUGAUUCCCAGCUCAAUGUUUCACCCAGACUGGAAUCGGAAGAACUCAGGUGGAGGCUGGCUGAAGCGGAGCAGAGGCUCAAUGAGACUGUAAAGUAUGCACAGGCUCUCAUGAAUACAGUCUUUUCAGUGUCCAGCAGGAUGUUUCCUGCCAUCAGCUUCCUCAUGCUCAUGAUGUUUAUAGCCCUGCACAUAAAACGAUACUGCAAAGACACAAAAUACAAAAACAGAUUCAUCAGCAGCAAGUUUGUUCAUUUUGACGAGAAGCAGAAAGCGGAAGGAAAACCCCACGUCCUCCCCCUCACGCCAGAGGAGGAGAAGCUGUACACCUUCAUUCCCUCUGCCCGUCCGACAGCAAGAGAGGGGAAAGCUGUGGUGAAAUUUGGAAUUCCAGUUGUGUCCCAUUUUGUCGCUUGGGUCAUAUUUAUAACCGUGGACGCUUUGUUGUACUGUUUUGUUGAUAUUGUAACUACAAGGUUAUCAGAGCUGGAGCCGUUCCACAUUCCCUUGUUAAUGAGCAUCAAAGGGAUUGCAACUUUAAUCGGAGUGCCUCUUGGGCAGGAAAACCACGAAAAGGACUUUUCCUACUCUGUGACUCUCUUUGAGAAGCAGUGCCUCCCCAAACCCAAGCUGCUGCUGUAUAACUCUGUGGUUCCACUGACUGCCAUCCUGCUUACCCUGCUCAUUAUGGCCCUGAUGGCAACCAAAGUCUCCCAGCUAAGGCUGAUGGUCUGUGAACAGUUCUUUCCCACCGCUGCAGAGGUGAGAGUGGAGUCCCUGCACUCCAAAAUCCUGAGGAAGAGAUUCAAAAUGAGAAAGGAGAAAAACGACUGUCGCCUCAGGUCACUUAUUACCAAGCCACAUUUCUGGUGCCCACUGCUGUUCCAUCCCAAAGAGGGUCCACAAAGUAUCCUAUGAGGAAAACCUUCUUUAUGCUGCUAAGUGACCUUUCAGCCACACAGACCCUCUAGUGAUGGCAGUGUCAGUCUUUUGGUUGGUCCUACUAGUCUGGUCCAGACUUAUGGAUAAACAUGGGUGGUCUGCCAGUGAGAACUCCAGAGCUAAAAAUC